AUGGAACUGUCGGAGGCUAUAGAAAUCACAAGAGUGCGCGACGCAUUCAUGAGAAAAGGACCUCGGCCCUCCCAACAAGGAGAACUUUGCAUUUUUGGUAGUUUAAGCUGCUUCGAAAACGAAAUUGUGGAAAUUUCGCAGGCCAUCACUUAAUAUUUGCUCCAUCAGGAACUGAAACCUCCAAAUCUGGUGAAAAUCCAUCGGAGGAAUUUUGGGUAAGCUCUUUUUUCUACAACUCAGAUGACCUUUUUUAGAUUCUUCAUCGAGCUAUUGAUCGUGUUUUGUGUGAGCCGGUGUCAAAGGAAUACCCUUCAAAAGGCGGUUUGCUAGCCUUGAAAUGCAAAAACUUUUUGGUGGCUUUAGCUUGAAAUUUUUGAAAAUUUUUCUUUCAUUUUUAGAUUAUUAUUUUUGAAGUUGCCAAUUUGGAACACUGUAAAGCAGCGGCUAGAUCAAUCGAGGCGCUUUCUAACUUGAGUUCGUUUUUUUUACAUUCUGAACACACGAAAGUUUUUUCUUUGAAUUUGACGGUUCCAGAUGGCAUCGUCCACGAUUAUCCGUUUUUUUAUCAAGUUCCUUUCAACGUGCUUGACGACGGAUGGAUUUCUUUUGAUGUUGAACAGGAGUUUGCUCGCUUGUCCCUGUUAACCGACGCUUUUCGAAUUUCCCGCGUCAAUGAACAUUUUUCGGUGAGCAGGAAAUCGGAAAUCUCAGAUUUCGAACGAAUAUUUUCAGAUUUGUCCUUCUUAUCCGACGACGGUAAUUGUACCCAAAGGAAUUGGCGAUGAUUAUUUACGAAUUUCUGCCACAUUUCGAGAGGGCGGACGUUUUCCUGUUUUUUGCUAUUAUCACAACCUUACUAAGGUUAAAUUCCGUUUUCCAUGAGUUAUAGGUUAUUAUUAAAGCUUUUGUUUCUGAUAUAAGGAAAUAUGAAAUACUUUCGAGUUGAAAGAUCCUUCGAAAAUCUUCUCAAUUUUUAUUUAAGAAACCCUUUCUUUUUAUUGAAUACGAGACUCCGCUAUCCCUUUUUUCAUGAUUACUUCUGACUGCUUGUUUUCACAUCACAAAAAAUUUACCAACGUUUUCAUAUUCUUUAAGUUUGAUCAUGAAAUCGGUUUCACUUUUGAAGUUUUAUCCAUACAUAAAAAGAGCCGUUUUUGCAGUCUGUGAUCAUGCGUUGUGGUCAACCGCUCAUUGGGCCGACAAAUCGUCGUUGCCGUGAAGAUGAAGUGAUAAUCAACUCAUUGCUGACUAUCAGCAAAGGUUUCAUAAUUGACACUCGCUCUAAAACUGUUGCCAACGCUGCGAAAGCUAAAGGUUUUUUUUUCAUAUUCAAUGGUCAUCUUUUUUAUGAACUCAGGUGGAGGCACCGAACCUCAAGGUUGUUACGCUCAGUUCCGCUAUGUUCACUGUGCUACGCCAAGAAUUAAGGAAAUGCACGACGCUUUGGCGAGGAUGGUUGAAGGUAAUAAUUCACCGCUUUUUUUCCAAUCCCAAAAGGAAGCAAAAAAAAAACGCCUUCUGAAAGUUAAAAAAAUGGUUUCAAAUUGUGAGCUGUUUUCCGGAACUUCCUGCUCUCCAGGAAGAGGAUAAUUUCUCAUAAAUUUUAGCGGUUAUUUCUCUCAUUUUAAAACCAGUUUUCAGCUUGCAAUGAUGGAAGUGUAUCGACAGACAAGUGGCUGAUGAGAUUGUCCAACUCAGGAUGGCUCCAAUGCAUUUCCGACUGUUUGAACUCGGCCGCCAACGUCGCUCAAUGUGUUCACUGCGAAAGCAACCGGGGUGAGAUAACGUGUAUCGCGACUUCAUGUGGGUGGUUGCGUAACAAGAACAAAAUUUGAUACGGAAAAAACAGUUCAAUUUCCCAGGCCUCAUUCUGUACAAAUAGUUGCUCAAAGCAGUUUUUGGUAGGCAUUACUAAACGCUCAUUCUGCGGCAAAAAAGUUUAAAAUGAAUUCCAUCACUCAUUUUUUUUUGUCAAUUUUAGUUCAAAGUAUCACAAGCCGGCUGCAAAUGAAUUAUCACUAAAUAUGAAAAACCCCAAUAAGGUCGCCUUGUAUGCCAAAUACAAUUACUUUUGUUUUGGAUUCUUUUUUAAAAUGGAAGUUAGAAAUAAAUAUUGCAUGAUAAGCAGGCUAUCCCGUUCAGGUUUGAAUCAAUUUUCUUCUCAGAAGUUCCAGUGAUUGUUCACGGAGGAGAAGGUACAGACACAACUCUUAUUACUACGUCACUUGCUCAAUUGAUACUCGAUUCGGACGCUCGUACAAUUCGAGGGUUUGUUGUCCGUGAGAAAAUAAACGAUUUUAGUAGAGUCUUUUUCCAGAUUUGAGUCUUUGAUCGAAAGAGAGUGGAUCACGGCUGGGCAUCCGUUCAGACUCCGCAACGCGCACGGCGCUUUUGCUGCAGGCCUCAACACUGGCCAGUAUGAAAGCCCAGUUUUUCUGGUUUUUCUCGAUUGUGUUCAUCAGGUGGGAGAAAUAUUAAUUAUUGUAAGAUUAUUUUUUUGAAUGCAAACAUAAUUAUUCAACUUCCAAGUGCUUCUUAGAGUUUUCGGGCACGUAAUUGUUGUUUUUAACAUUCAGAAAUUUCAAAAUAGUGUCCUUGUGAAAAUCAAUUCGAAAACCUUGAUUCGACAAGAAACAUAUUUAUACCAUUGAUAUUAAAAAAAACUUUCAUGUAGUUUUUUUCAUAAAAAAACUAUUCGAAGAAUUGUUUCUAUUUUUCAUUUCUCUCUGUUUUUUUCAGCUCUUGUCUCAAUUUCCACUCACGUUCGAGUUCACCGAGAGUUUUCUGAUUUUCUUGUUUGAACACGCCUACGCAAGCGAGUUUGGCUCUUUCUUGGGCAAUAACGAAAAGGCGAGGGGAGAAUCUCAAGGCGAGACAAUGUUUUUUUCUUUUAGGAAAAAUUUAAAAACGAGGUGAAGAAAAGAACAGUUUCGCUUUGGUCUUAUAUUCACCAUCCCGAGACGCUGCGGCAGUUUAUAAAUCCACUGUACGAUCCAAGGCCCAAAGUUCUUUGGCCCACCGUAGCUCCCCAAUCGAUUGUGAGACUUGAUUUUUUAUUUGGCAGGCGUUUUUUGAUUUUUUCAGCUUAUUUGGGAGAGAUUAUUUUUCCGUUGGCAACGCGAUUGGGCGGAAAUCGAUGGGAUUAGAAGCUCAUCGGAACAUUGGAAACUUCGAGAACGCAGUUUGAUGAGUCGCGCUGCUGUACUUCGAGGGUGAGAGACUGCAGUUUUCUUGAUUUUUUCAAAAAGUUUCUGAAAAAAAAAAUCAAGUUUUGCGCUCCUCAAAUAAAAAAACUGUUUGAUUUAAUAGCAGCUUCUCAUAAAAUCAUCACUUGGAAUUUUUUAUUCAAAACUCAAGCGCUCUAAUCAUUUCGAGCGUCUGAUUUUUGUUGUUCUUGUCAUGAUUUGAUGGUUUUAAGGGUGACGAUCGAGCUGUCAAAAGAAGCAGCAAACCAAAAUGUCAAUGGCGUGAUCGGGAUUUCACAAUGA